ACUGUUAUCUAAGCAUCCUAGAUUGGAAAAAGCCUGAAGCAGAAACUACCUAGAUUUUAUAAAAUGAAAAAAAUAUCCUGAUUUUCAAUUCGCACUUCGAGGAAAAAAAAUGAUGCAUGUGAAGAUAUUGCGCCUCCUGUCACACCCCUUAGUGAAGUGCCAGCAGAGUUUUACAUGUUCACGACUGCAGUACUGGCGAAGAACUGCAUCAACUGCUGGAGAAAAAAGGAAUUUAUCACGAACAGCCAUGGGGUCCUGGCAGAUACAUGAUUAUGGUGGUCCUAAAUCUUUGACAUUUUCUUCCACUGCACGUGUCCCACGCAUUCACAGCCCAAAUGAAGUGCUGGUAGAGAUACAUGCUGCUAGUGUCAAUCCAAUAGAUGUACUCAUGACAAAGGGUUAUGGAAAAGACAUUCUGAAUGUCCUGAGAGGCAAGGCCUCACCCAUUUCAACUGCUGCAGAGUUUCCUCUUGUCUUUGGUCGUGACUUUUCUGGGGUCAUCACUCAGAAAGGAAAGGCUGUUCGAAACUACAAAGUUGGGGAUGAGGUUUGGGGAACUCUAGGAGGUCAGAAGCAAGGGUCACAUGCACAGUUUGCUGUUACUGAUUUGAGUGAGAUUUCUAAGAAACCCAAGUCUCUUAGCCACAUUGAUGCUGCUUCUAUCCCUUAUGUAGCAGCUACCACCUGGGCAGCAUUGGUGCGAGUUGGAGAAUUAAAUGCUAAAAACACACCAGGGAAAAGAAUUUUGGUUCAUGGUGCGUCUGGUGGAAUUGGAACUUUUGCAAUACAGCUGUUGAAGGCAUGGGGCGGCCAUGUCACUGCAAUCUGUGGUACAGAGGGAGUAGAUCUUGUACGUGACUUGAGGGCAGAUGCAAUAAUUGAUUACAAAACACAAGAUCCAAAAUCUGAAUUACUGCAGAUGGAAAAAUUUGAUUUGAUAUAUGAUCCACUUGGAAAAGAGAAGACAGGCUAUUCCAUUGACUUCUUGAAAAAUUGGGAAGGAGGAAAGUUUGUAACCAUAGCGUCUCCUCUCCUUCCUGAGACUGACAGUCACGGCCUCCUUCCUGGGGCCCUCAAAUGGGGAGCUGACUUAGGGUUAGACAUUAUCAAGGGUUUUAGAGAAGGAAAAAAUUACCGAGUAGCAUUCUUCAUGCCAGAUGGGAAAGCUCUGGGCACAAUAGCAAAGAUGGUGGAUGAAGAACAGAUAAAACCUGUAGUAGAGAAGGUGUUCACGUUUGAUGAAGUACCUACAGCUUAUGAGAAAGUCGGACAACUUCAUGGACGUGGAAAAACUGUGAUAUGUGUAAAACCAUGACAUCAAAAUAUUCUUUAAACUUAGAGCUUAUAUAAUUUCAGAGAAUCAAAAUUAUGAAAUAAGGAAUUUUGAAAAGAUGUUUUUCAUAAAUAAACCUGUGUUCAUCCAAAUGUUUAAAAGUUUUUUUCGUGUGUGUUAUACGUGUUCAUUAUCACCAAACUCAGAUUUUGUAAAUAAAGUGUGCAUGCAAAUAGUUAUUUGUUUUAGGUUGGUUCAUAACUGGAAAAAAUCCCCCCAAAAAUUGUUUGCCAAAGGGCUUUUCCAUACAUUGUUUUUUUGAUACUUUGGAUGGGGGAGAGGAGUUGACACUGAGUACAGCUGGAUUUGUUAGAAAGACAUGUUCUUGAUUUUUAUUCUUUUAUAUUUCUUUUUUGAAAUAGAAAGAAUUGUAAUAGAAAAGAUUCUGAAAUCACAAGAGCAAAUAUUUCUUAAAUGUUUCAGUAUACCGUAUUUUCAAAGCAUAAAUUUGAUUUCAUGUGUUGUUGGAAUAUGAAAUAAGAUAAAAUGUUCCAGCAAAUACAUGUACCUGUAAUAAAAUAUAAUAGUAUUAAACAUCCCUGGUUACUGUCAACAAGUAAUUUCUAUAUAUAGUAAUAUCUGAUAUACAAUAUCAUUUUAUGUUCAUGUUU